UCCCCUCAGUUCCACCGAGUCCCCUCGUCUCCGGCGAGUCCCCUCAGAACCACCGGAUCCCCUUUCGGCGCCACCGGGUCCCCUCAGUUCCGCCAGGUCCCCUCAGCCGGUGGGUCGCCUCAGCGCCGUCGGGUCCCCUCAGCUCGGGAAGUGGUGACGCGCAGCUGGAUCCAUGUCCAACAGCAUGGAGAGGCGGGUGAUGAAAGCCCUGGGACUGUGUGAUUUUUUCACCAUGUUCGGGAAAAAGAAGAAAAGGCUUGAAAUUUCUGGGCCCUCCAACUUCGAGCACCGGGUCCACACCGGCUUUGACCACCGGGAGCAGAAGUUCACGGGACUACCUCAGCAGUGGCACAGCUUGCUGGCGGACACGGCCAACCGGCCGAAGCCUAUGGUGGAUCCAUCAUGCAUCACUCCCAUCCAGCUGGCUCCUAUGAAGACUAUUGUUCGAGGAAAUAAGCCUCGAAAGGAUACUUCAAUCAACGGCCUGCUGGAAGAGUUUGACAAUAUCUCAGUGACACGGUCCAAUUCCCUGCGGAAGGAAAGCCCUCCCACCCACCACCACCAAGGAAACGCAAACCAUGUGCCAAGGCACCAGGAGGAAAACGGUUACAUCACGUAUUCCCAGUACUCCAGUGAGUCAGACACUACAGCUGAGUAUGUCGUGGAAAAAUAUCGGGACAAGACUGUUUACGGGGAAGAGUUAGACCGGUACUACAAGGGCAGCUACGCUGCCAAGCAGAACGGGCACAUGAUGAAGGUGACGUCCCGGGACAUCUAUUACUCGGAAGUGACACCCCUGCAGUCAGACCUCUCCAGGUUCCUCCCAGAUUACCACGCACACCUGGACAUAAAGCCCAAACCGCUGGAGUACGGCGGCCUGAAGCUGGAGUAUCAGCGGAUCCCCAGCGGAUCCUCCCUGGACUAUCGAGAUCCCUUCCCGUACACCCCGUCCCGAGCGUCGGUGCAGAGCGAGUGCCCCAAGGAGAGGCUGGAGUACGGUGACAGCGACUGGGGACACGGCCUAGGCAAGGAUGACUACGACAAGAGGCCCAAGUCGUCCUACGUGGACCCAGCGAGCCCUCAGCCAACCAUGAGGCAGAGGUCCAGGUCGGGCUCGGGUCUGCAGGAGCCGGCCAUGCCCUACGGAGCGAGCGCCUUCAAAGCACACCAGCAAGGACAUUCCUACAGCUCCUACACCUACCCCCGCUUGUCCGAAACCGCAGCAGGCAUCCCCAAGGUGGAUUAUGAUCGAGCGCAGCUGGUCGUCAGCCCACCGCUCUCGGGGUCGGACACCUACCCCCGGGGCCCAGUGAAGCUACCUCAGAGUCAGAGCAAAGUCAGCUAUUCGAGCAGCAGCUACCAGUACCCUCUGGUCUACCACAAAGCACCCCACUAUCACCAGCCACCUCUCCAGCCCAGCUCUCCCUACAUUUCCACCGCCUCCUACCCCAGCUCCCCAAGUAUCACGUCAAGUGCUUAUCCUCCACCCAGCUGGGGCUCCUCCUCGGACCAGCAGCCCUCCAGGGUGUCCCACGAACAGUUCCGAGCUGCCCUGCAGCUCGUGGUCAGUCCCGGGGACCCCCGGGAGUACUUGGACAACUUCAUCAAGAUCGGGGAGGGCUCCACGGGGAUCGUCUGCAUCGCCACCGAGAAGCACACGGGGAAGCAGGUGGCCGUGAAGAAGAUGGAUCUCAGGAAACAGCAGAGGAGGGAGCUGCUCUUCAAUGAGGUGGUGAUCAUGAGGGAUUACCAUCACGAGAACGUGGUCGACAUGUACAACAGUUACCUCGUGGGGGACGAGCUCUGGGUUGUGAUGGAGUUCCUGGAGGGCGGCGCUUUGACAGACAUCGUCACUCACACCAGGAUGAACGAGGAGCAGAUCGCGACUGUCUGUCUGUCCGUGCUGAGAGCCCUGUCCUACCUGCACAACCAGGGCGUCAUCCACCGCGACAUCAAGAGCGACUCCAUCCUCCUCACCAGCGACGGCAGGAUAAAAUUGUCCGACUUUGGGUUCUGUGCCCAAGUGUCCAAGGAGGUUCCCAGGAGGAAGUCGCUAGUUGGGACACCGUAUUGGAUGGCUCCGGAGGUGAUAUCCCGCCUGCCCUACGGCACCGAGGUGGAUAUCUGGUCCCUGGGCAUCAUGGUGAUAGAGAUGAUCGACGGUGAACCUCCCUACUUCAACGAGCCGCCGCUGCAGGCCAUGCGCCGCAUCCGGGAUAACCUCCCGCCCCGCGUGAAGGACGUGCACAAGGUCUCCUCAGUGCUCCGGGGCUUCUUGGACUCGAUGCUGGUGCGGGAGCCCUCGCAGAGAGCCACAGCACAGGAACUGCUGAGACACCCCUUCCUCAAACUGGCUGGGCCCCCUUCUUGCAUUGUGCCCCUCAUGAGGCAACACAGGCAUCGCUGAAGCCGGCAGCUCUUUGGGAAGAGGUCAGUGCAGAGUCUGGAUUAACAGCUGUGUGGGAAUGCCAGCAGUUGUGUGGGAACUGCAGGCAGGGAGGAGUAAAACCUUGUGAAGGAACUCCAGCCCUGCCGAAAUAACGCGGUGUAUAAAAAAUCCAAGGCAGUGCUCUCUGUGCUCCCUGUGUGUGAGGGGCAGGGCAGUGACCCUGGUCCCGGCUGGGAGGCCACGCUCCACCACGGACCAUCGCUCCCCAGCGCUGUUGUGUUCCCAGCCACGCAGGGAGAAGGCACCAAAUGCACAGGUUGGAAAAAGGUAACGAGCAGGGCACAGCCAGAGCAAAACACCGGAAUUUCACUGCAGGCUACGGCACUUCUGUUUCAGAAGAACACUUUUCUGACAAAACAAAGCACUUUUUAUCUCGGUCAGAGCAGCGCAAUGUAUUUUGCAACGAGUUUGUAAUUUUCUGUACAGUCCGUUUUGAUAAUUUGCAGUACUUUGUCAUGUACCUGUUGUGUUAGUUGAAGUAAUAAGUGUUACCUUAGCCAGAAUUUGAGAAGAUAAAGUUUCCUACUUUUUUAACCCUUUUGAAAACAGGAAAAAGGAAAAAAAAAAAAAAAAAAGGAAAAAAAAAACAAACCCACAACCACCUUUCGGAAGUUGUAAGGUUUUGCAGAUUACCCAUGGGGUGAGGAGAGCCCUCAUCUUCCCCCUCUUGGCAGCCCGAAGAGCCAAGGGUGAGUGAUGCUGGUGGGAGCUCUGACAGCCUGGCAGCCCCCCGUGACAGUGGCAGAGCUGCUGCUGAAUGUGAGUGGUCACCUGGGUCUCCCUCCCCUGUUCCCAGGGUGGGAGCCAACGCCUGGGCCCUGCCUUUGCUCCAGGGUCAGCCCAGGCCACGGCCAGCCCUGAUUUUUACGCCACCGCCGGGCCAGUUUUGCCACCACAAAAGCCUCUGUUGUUUCUGUCGAGCUCUGGCAGCGGGAAGGGAUCACCCAGCGGGAUCCCUGGAGCUCCAGACCUGUGGGAUGUGCUGCCAGAUGUUUGCCAGAGAGGAGGAGUCGUGCUGCUGUCCAGACCUUUCUGAAUGUUGAUGCAACAGUUGACUACUACGGUACAAUUUUGUGUUAUUUGUUGGAUGACUUUGCAUGUUAACUGUAGGCCUAAAUAGAUUUGCCUUUAAACUUUUUAGAAGUGCUUCAUAAUUCUUUCAAUGAUAAAUGAUUUUUAUUUAUUAAUGAUUAGUUCUUUUUAAUUAUGUAUGAUACAAAAGCCAUGUUUUUCAAGUUUGAUUUUUUUUUUCUUACUGACCUCAUUUUUCGGUAUCUUUAAGGAACCACAAAGCCAACUUUGUGAAAAUGCGGUUUCUUUCUUAUGAUGGAAUUUCCUAGUUGAUAAAUUAAUUGUUAUUUAUUGUAGUAAAUUAUAACCAAACCUGGCAGGAGCUGUCGCUUAAAGAUCUUCCUCUGGAAGAAAAAGAGUUGCCAAUAAUAAAGAAGCUCCUUUAGUUUCUGCCCUUAAAAACUUAAAGAAUAUUUAAAGGGAGAGAAGCAAUUUAAAAAAAUUUAAAAAAAAAAAAAAAAAAGGGAGAUAAAUAUGAACUGGAACACUGAAUAGAUGUGUCUUACUCCCCCCCCCCCUCUGCUUUCUCUUCUCAACCCUGUUUGCACAUUUGAAGGACACUGUAGAAAAUGUGUUCGGCUCCCGGUGCCCACCCGGCCGAGAGCAGCACCCACAGCCUUCCAGGGGCUCUGUUUUGUAGUCUUGACAACUCAGGAAAACCGGCUGCACCGGUCCAGGCAAUGGCAGACAGGCACAACUGUAGUACUAGCCACAAAAGUUAACUUUUUUAACCAUCUUUGAAUAAAAA